GAAUACCUGAAGAGCCAUAAAACCCAAUACUCGGGUCUCACCAAAGAGUUGCCAAAAAAUGUUCACUUAUUAACGUUAGAGCAGUGGAAGGGGUCGUCAUAUUUGCUACGAUUGGAGCACUUCUACCAACAAAACGAAUCGCAAACUCUGUCCAAACCGGUAACCCUUGACCUCAAAGACCUCUUCACACCGUUUGUGGUGACGGCAGCAGUGGAGACGACAUUGAGUGCCACUCAAGACAAGAAGACAGCGAAACGAUUGCAAUUCAAAUCAAACGCCGAAACGAAUCGUUUUGAACCGAAAAGAGUGGACUUCUCUGCGGACGACCUCUCAGUCACUCUCAACCCAAUGGAAAUCAGGACUUUUAUUAUCACUGUUCACAACCGAUAA